GCCCCAGUUUUAUUCUUUUCACUCUCAACGGUGACUUCUGCUACUGCUGCUGCUGCUGUUGUUGUUUCAACAUGAAGUCGAUAAAAAACAAGCCCUCAGAGAAAAGAGUCCACAGUGAAGAGCAAGAGGAGGCAGAUUCUGCUCAGAGGAAGGAGCUCCAGGAGACUUUGUUUCAUUACAUCACAGACACCAUUACCUACACGGACAUGGUGAGAGGUUUCUGUGACAUGUCCUCCAAGUGGUUGCUCAGGAGGGAAACUGAAUUAAACAUGAUGACGGACAUCAAGAAGAGGGAGGAGCUUGCUGCCGUGAUGGAGGACACUCGAGAAGGCCUGGCCAAGCUGGAUCCCUUUCUGGAUGCUCUGGAGAAGCUGGCGGUCACAUCGCCUCACGUCUUCACACAUAACCGGGUGUUAGUCUUUCCUGAAGGCACCAGCUUUGAAUGUGUCGAGGUCAUCAUCAAUGCCGCACGGCAACUCUGCCCUCUCCUCCUGGAGUUCAAAAGAGACGCACAAGUCUUCUUCAUGCCCAAACUUCAAAAUGUGGAAGUGCUUGCAUAUCAGUUGGAGAAAUACAUUCAGACCACCCAGAAAAUCUGUGCGACGUUAAAGAAAAGAUUCUUGAGUGACUUCAAAUUGAAGACGAUGGAUGAGACUGUGGUUAAUCUCCCUGUGGACGUGUCUGAGGACGAUGUACGCAGGAUGCUUGAUCAUGUGAAUCAGCUUGAUGAGAUCAGGAUGAACGAGCACUUCCGGAUGGUGUUCUUGUUUCAAGGAGAAUCAUGUGACACCUUCAUCAGUGAGUUCAGCAAGCGACACCCCACGAUGGUCCAGUCACUUCAGGACCUGGAGGACGUGGCUGUUCAGCUUGACAGGAUGAAUAAAGGGGCAAAGAUCUCCAGUGUGACAGGCAGCUCAGUGGGGGCGAUCGGAGGAGUGCUCUCCAUUGUCGGCCUGGCGUUAAUUCCUGUGACAGCAGGGUUGUCUCUUGGUCUGACAGCGACAGGGUUAGGGCUGGGAAUCACCAGCGGAGUUAACAGUGCUGUCACCACCGCCACAGAGAUUGGAGUAAACGCCAAACAACAAAAUAAAGCCAAAGAAGUCUUCCAGCGCUUCAUGGAGGAUGUUCAGAGUCUCCAGGGUUGCCUCGAUGAUGUGACCAAUGAAACACUCUCCAAAAUGGAAAAAGAUUUGAUUGAUUUGGCUGAAGGAGUUGACGGGGUUCUCAAUAAUGACAAGUUAAAUAAAGAGGUGAUUGCGGGUGUUGGUAAAGUAGUGGCUGAGGAAGGUAGGGCUUUGCUUAAUGUGCCCAGGUUGGUCUCAGACAUCCCAGAUAUUGGUCAGGCAGCAGCCAAAGGGUCUCUCGCUCUUUCAAAGUCAGCCAGGGCAGGUUUAAUCGGACUCAACGCUCUUUUCAUUGGCAUGGACGUUUUCUUCAUCUGUAAGGACAGCAUCAGUCUGGCCAAAGGCACCGAGACCGAAGUCUCACAGUUCAUCCGGGCCAGAGCUGCACUCUGGCGCUCAGAGGUGGAAGCAUUUCAGAGGAUGCACGACUCCCUGUGUAAAGGCCAGCCAACAUCGGAGAAGAAUGAAGCUCUUCUGGAGACGCCUUACUAUCCGGAUUCCUGCACCAACAACAAAGAAAUAUAAAAUAUAAAAAAAUAUCACCAUGCAGGGACAGACCCGUCGCCAGACCUCAGUCUUAAGGGGGGCAUAUGAAAUGCAUGGAGGAGGGGGCAUUUUUAUUAUCCUAUAUUCUUUUCACGCAGCAUGUAAUCAUCACGUUAAACACAACCAACAGCAAUAUGACCAGCUAUAGCCUACAGCCAGUGCGUAAUUUGUAAAUCAUAAGGUGCCGGAACGCAAAGUAUACAUAUGACAGCGCAGGGAUGAUGAGAUGACACAGGUCCCGGAACGCAUACAGAAAACAACAACACGCAAAUGCCCACUUACAAUGCUGUGGGACUUACAGCCUCAAUUUAAAAGAAUAUCCAUGGUAUAAACGUUAUGACAAUAAUUUACAGUUAUUAAAUGCCCCCAUCACCACAGGUGGGACCAUAGGCGUCGGAGGACAUGUCCCCUAUUUAUGAGCAACAAUUUUGACCCCACCACUUCUAAAAAUUGUAAUCAAUUUAUCUUUAACACUCGAACUAGCGGAAGUCAUGUACCUACUAGAAAUACCAUAGUUGUCAUGUUGACCGUUUGUAAUUCAUUUGCAUAUAAUUUCAAUAAUCAAAGUACAAAGUGAAAAUAAAUAGAUGUGUAAUAAGAAUACAGGUGGUGAUGAAGCAAAAUGUGAAUUCUAACAAGUGAGAAAAUGUGUUCAUUGAUGAACAGAAAUUGAAUCCGCUCUUGAAAUUACAGAUAAAAGCCCGUUUUAUUGUUUUCAUUUAUAACUCAAUAGAAAUUAAUUAUUUCUUUAAACUU